UGGCACCACAGACUCCUCCGUCCUCAUCUCCUGUCUUGAGCCUAUAUAAAUCCACCGGCGUCUCAGCUCUCCUCGACGAGGACGAACAACAGUGCAACGAAGAAGUACUCUGCUUUUCGAUCAAGAACUCAAGAACACAGAUCGGACAAAGAGAAUCGAUCGAUGGCUACGUUCAUGUCGUCGCCGGUGGUGAUGCGUUCGGCUCGCCAGGGGCAGGUGGCCGGGCCUCGACGGUGCGUGGUGGCGCGGGCGUCCUCGACGAUGGCGGCACCGGCGGCGGUGGCGACCGGGAGGACGCACUACGAGGUGCUCGGGGUGGGCGCGGGAGCAAGCAGGGGGGAGAUCAAGGCGGCGUACCGGCGUCUGGCCAGGGAGGUGCACCCGGACGCUGCUGGCGGCGGCGGCGACGAGGGCUUCAUCCGGCUGCACGCGGCCUACGCCACGCUGGCCGACCCCGACGAGCGCGCUCGCUACGACAGGGACAUGGCCUGCCGCACCGCCGGGAUGACGAUGAGACGGGCGGCCGCGGCCGGGCCGUCGUUUCGACAGAGGACGUGGGAGACCGACCAGUGCUGGUAGGACGUACGGCCUGGCAAACGCGGCUGCCCUCCGGGGCCCCAGCCGGCGGCUGCCCGGUUCACUCAGGCACGGCGCUGCAGAGAACAUCGUCAAGGCUAUCGUGCAGCGUACGAUCAGGAUUGGACGUCCCAGAUCGGGUGACGCGGACGCGGGAGCUCUGUACACGGCAAGAGGCGUUUUUUAAAGAUCUCUUGUGCGUCCUGUCAGCAAAAUGCAAAUAUGUAAAUUAAUUAGUUACAUACUGUAAAUUAACAGCCAAGGAAUAUAUGAGAGCUCUCUUUGGUAAUAGAAGGAAUUAGUUACCUCCA